AUGUUUUCGCGAUGACGGACGGCUCCGUGAGUCAAGUCUAAGUGAAGUUUUCUAGGUGGUAGUUUCGAAUUUUUAUAGCAUCAGACUGUCAAACAGUCAAUCAGUUCGUCGGUCAUUUGAUCCACGCGAAAUAACUUGAGCACUUGACCACUCGGAUUGACGAACUAUAACAUUACAACGCCAUGGCGGCGGCGGCAACUCCCAUUCCCACCAUGGAUGGGCUUCAAAUCUCCAAAACAAAGGAGUUGAAAGGAACCGAAAAGCGUACUGCCCUGGUCGCCAUCGAGAAGAAGUACCAGCAAAAGUGGGAGGAAGAUGGCGUCUUCAACUUCAAUGCGCCGUCUCUGGACGAAUAUCCUUUGGACUCGAUAUCUCCCGAAGAGCUUCGUACCAAGUUCCCCAAGUUCUUCGGAACGAUUGCCUACCCCUACAUGAACGGUGUUCUUCACAUUGGACACUACUUCACAAUGAGCAAAGUCGAAUUCCAGAUGGGCUUCUCCCGAAUGCAGGGAAAGAGGACGUUCUGGCCUCAGGGUUAUCACUGCACCGGUCUGCCUAUCAAGGCCUGUGCCGACAAACUUGCAGAGGAGGUCAAGAAGUUCGGCAAGGAGUUCGAUGGCUACAAUGAGGAGUCUGAAGAGCCCGAGGCCGCGCCGGCGCCCAAGCCAACUGCUGGCCAGAGGGAAGAUCUGACAAAGUUCACAGCCACCAAGGGCAAGGCUAAUGCCAAGACCGUCAAGAAGAAGUACCAGUUCCAGAUCAUGGAGUCUAUUGGUAUUCCAAGGCAGGAGAUUCAUCGGUUCGCGGAUAGCCAGUACUGGCUCGACUACUUCCCACCCCUGUGCCACGAGCACCUCAAGGCUACAGGUGCCAGAAUCGACUGGAGGAGGCAAUUUGUCACCACCGACGCCAACCCCUACUACGACAGCUUUGUGAGGUGGACCAUGAACCGCCUACGGGAGAUGAACAAGGUCAAGUUCGGCAAGCGUUACACAAUCUACUCGGCCAAGGACGGACAACCAUGUAUGGACCACGACAGAGGUGAGGGUGAGGGUGUCGGCCCACAGGAGUACACUGCCCUCAAGCUCAAGGUUGUGGAAUGGGCACCCAAGGCUGCAGCAGCCCUGGAGGGCAAGGUCCCGAGCGACGUGAGCGUCUUCCUCGUACCCGCGACCCUGAGGCCAGAGACCAUGUACGGCCAGACCUGCUGCUUUGUCGGUCCUAAGCUCAAGUACGGCCUUUUCAAGGCAUCGGAGAAGGAAUACUUUGUUAUCACAGAGAGGUCUGCCAAGAACAUGGCUUUCCAGGGGCUGCUGGAGAAGGACAUGGCUAUUCCCGAGAAGCUUGCCGACCUUGUUGGCGCUGACAUCGUGGGAACCAGGGUCAAUGCACCCCUCUCAGUUCACAAAGAGGUCCGCAUUCUGCCCAUGGAGACUGUCAAGGAGACAAAGGGCACCGGUGUGGUAACUUCAGUACCCAGCGACUCACCUGACGACUACGCAACCGUCAUGGAUCUGGCCAAGAAGGCAGACUACUAUGGCAUUACUAAGGAGUGGGCCGAACUGGAGAUUGUCCCUAUCAUCGACACCCCGUCCUAUGGUGAUCUUUGCGCAAAGUUCCUGGUCGAGAAGCUCAAGAUCGCGUCGCCAAAGGACGUCAAGCAGCUGACAGAGGCCAAGGAGCUGGCGUACAAAGAGGGUUACUACCAAGGUACAAUGAAGAUUGGCAAGUAUGCGGGCGAGAAGGUUGAGGCUGCCAAGCCAAAGGUUAGGCAAGACCUCAUCAACGAAAGUCUUGCUUUUGCAUACGCAGAGCCUGAGAACAAGGUUGUAUCGCGUUCGGGAGAUGAGUGCAUCGUAGCCCUGUUGGAUCAGUGGUACCUUGACUAUGGCGAGGAGAAGUGGCGCGAUCAGGCUCUUGAGUUUGUCGAAAACGCCGACGGAAACGGUUUGGAGACUUACACAACCGAGACCAAGCACGCUUUCAAGGGUAUGCUUAACUGGCUAAACCAAUGGGCCUGCGCGAGGACCUACGGUCUGGGUUCCAAGCUUCCCUGGGAUCCCAAAUUCCUGGUUGAGUCCCUCAGUGAUUCCACCGUGUACAUGGCCUACUACACACAAGUGCCAUUCCUGCACAAGGACAACUUUGGCCGUGUGAGGGGCUCGGCAGACAUAGGACCGGAGCAAAUGCUCGAUGAGGUAUGGGACUACAUCUUCUGUCGCACCGAGAUGACCGAUAAGCUUGUCGAAGACUCCAAGAUCCCCAAGACGACUCUGGAGGCGAUGCGGAGAGAAUUCCAGUACUCUUACCCCCUAGAUCUCCGUGUCUCUGGAAAGGAUCUCAUUGGCAACCAUCUCACAUUUGCCAUAUACUGCCACAUCGCUCUCUUCCCACGGGAGUACUGGCCCAAGUCUUUCCGCGUCAACGGUCACCUAAUGAUGAACGGCGAGAAGAUGAGCAAGUCUACUGGAAACUUUAUGACUUUGGACGAGGCCACACGCAAGUACGGUGCAGAUGCGUUGAGGAUGGCAAUUGCCGACGCCGGUGACGGUGUCAACGAUGCCAACUUUGACGAGGACGUCGCGGACAACACCAUUCUUCGCCUGUUCACGACAAGGGAGUGGAUCGAGGAUGCUGUGAAGAACAUUGGCGAGCUACGGACUGGCGAGCUCAACGAUUUCCAGGAUGCUCUUUUCACCAACGAGCUCAACAUGCUUGUGCGUGAAUCAGAGCGUCACUACAAGGACACCGCCUACAAGUUGGCUCUGCAGUCAGCCUGGUACAACUUCUCGAGUGCGAUCAGCUUUUACCGCGAGUCGUGCGCGGCUGCUGGCCUCAAGCUGCACCGUGACGUGGUUCUGCGAUACGUUGAGAUGCAGGCGCUUGUGCUUCUGCCUGUCGCACCUCACUGGGCCGAGUACAUCUGGCUCGAGGUGCUGGGCAAGAAGGAGACUAUUCAGCACGCUCGCUGGCCCGAGGUCCCCGCCGUUGAUGCCUCCCUUGCGGCGGCUCGUGAGUACGUCAAGGGUACUGCUUCCAACGUCAACUCGGCCGAGUCCGCACAGCUCAAGAAGAAGGCCAAGGGCAAGGAGGUUUCUUUCGACCCCAAGCGGCCCAAGAAGCUCACCAUUUUCACAGCCGAGGCUUUCCCCGCAUGGCAGCAAAAGUACAUUGACCUGGUCAGGGAGAACUGGGAUGCAGAGAAGAAUGCCAUCAAGGACGACAAGGAGCUCUCUGCUCGUAUCGGCAAGAUGGGUGAAAUGAAGAAGGCCAUGCCGUUUGUGCACAACCUCAAGAAGAGACUGCAAAGCGGAGAGGACUCCAGCACGGUCCUGGAGCGCAAGCUCGCGUUUGACGAGCAAAAGACUCUUUUGGCAAUGGUGGCCGGUCUCAAGCGAUCGGCUGGCUGCGUAGCUGUGGAUGUCGUUGCCGUCGCUGAGGGCAGCAAAAAGGGUAAGCUGUUGACCGAUGGUGGGAAGGAGGUUGAUGUUACAGCGCAAGCCGCAGACGGUGCUGUGCCUGGCCAGCCGACGUUCUACUUUGAGAACGUUGAGGGUUGAUGAUGUCGUAGCAUCGUGUCACAAAAUAUAAAAAAGGGAAUCAAAUUAUGUCACACUUGUCACUGGUGUAUCUCAAUGCUGUAUGGUGAAGCACUUGGUCGUUUUGA